CCAUAAUUUCUAAUUAAUUAUUUCCAAUCGAAUCGAUUAAAUAGUUGUUUUUUCGUCAAUAAUUAAGUUCUUUUUGUGGAGAGUGACGAACAAGUUGUUUCUUAAAUUGUGAUCUUGAAAAAAGAAGUGAGAUUUUAAUUGUUAUUUAAAGAAAAUAAAAAUUCUACCAACAUUGUGACCGCCACCUUAAGCUCCACCUGUGAACAAUUAAGUUAACUCAUUUUCUGGGAUCAUUUCAGUGCCUUGUCGGACCUCUAGAUGUCUCUAAGCGAGUGGAAAUGUCUAAAUCAAUGUUUAGGUUUUUGUUGAAUAGUCACAGUUUUUUUUGAGUCUUCAUCUUUUUGGUUAAUCAUUUUAUUCUGGUUUUCAUUUUGUUUUAUUAUUUAAUUUAUUUCAAAUCGCUUAUUCUUCUCAUUAUUUGUUCAAAUUUCGUUUAUUCUGUAAAAAUAUAUAUAUAUAAAAAUCUACAAAUGGACCAGAUAGAUGGUAAUUAUGAGGAAUUUGAAGAUUCAGCUUCUCUAGGUCCUCUCAAUGAAGGUAUUUACAAUAGCCUGGAAGAGGAAAGCCAUCACUCGGAUAAUUGUGACUAUGAGGAGAAGCAUUUUAAUCAUGAAAAAGAUUUGCUUUCUCAUAAAUUGUGGACAUCAUUUCAAAAUGCUGCCUGCUCAGUUGCCCAAUUGUACAAAGAUAGAGAAAGUGGCCUUACAUACUGGAUACCAUUUCAAAAUGCAGCAACAAAUGUUACCUCAUUAUAUAAAGAAUGUAUUGAAUCAAUUAGACGUAAUGCUGAUAUCUAUCUUCAAAUGGGUAUUAAAAAAAGAAAUGCUGAGCUACUAGCAUGGGCUAAAAAGAGGAAACGUUUCAUUCGACGUGAUGAUUUAAUUGGUUUUCUUAAAGGAGAAAUAACUAAUAUAGAUCAGCAUCACACUAACAAUUACCAUCACCAUCAACAUUUUCACUAUGCUCACCAUAGAGAUGGAUCAUGGAAUAAAUUACACAGACCUUCACCUACCACCGUGAUGAUUGAAACAAGCCCAAGUACAACACCCGGUUUUCGAACUCCUUCUUCCCAAACAUUAACUAACUGUAAUACGAUUAAUGCUAGUGUUAAUAAUCUAACUCUUUCUUUUGAGACCGAUGAUGCUAACCCAGAAGAAGGUGAUCUCCAGACUUUUAGGGAAGCACUUGCUAUUUCCGUUGCUGGACUUCGUAACAGUCAACAAUCAGCUAUAGGUCCCGUUGAUUAUAUUAAUACGUCAACAAAUCGUCGGAACAGCCAGACCAAGACUACUACCACCACCACCACCACUACUACCACCACCCUCCUUUCCACACCCAAUUUGGAAGCAGCUUCAGCGACCGAAUUGAGUGAAUUUAUUUCUAAUGAAUACUCACGUCAUGUUGAAUCGCGAAAAAGAGUCAACCCAUCCCAAGAUGUCACCAUGGAUUCACCAACCCAUAAACGGUCACGAUUACUUUGAUCAAUUGAGGGGGGACAAUGAGAGAAAAGAACAAAAAAUCUGAGGAAAUAAAAGCAAAAAAGAGAAAAACAAUCUAAAUGGUUGGAUGAAAAUCUGCAUCAACCAAAAUAUUAAUUCUACACAUCAGAGAAAAGAUGAAAACAACUCUAAUCGAAGUGUAUACAAUAUCCAAACAGAUCGAAUAUCCGGAUGAUUUAUUAUUAUUAUUAUUAUUGUCGAAUAAAAUAAUUAAAUGGCCAAUUGAUUAAAAUCUUAAAAUUGGCCAAAGAAGGAAGGAGAAGAAAAAAACGCAGAGAAUAACAAAUCAACUUGGAGAAUCUAUGUCAACCUCUUGAAGAAAGAGAGCAAAUAUAAAAUCCAUUUACCUUUGUUCUCAAACAGAGUAAAUUUGCUUCUUCCAAGAGAUAAUCUAAAUCACAAAGCCAUUUACUGAAUUUUUUGUUUGUAAUAAUCAACUAAUUGUACUCCAUCAAAGGAAUGAAAAAACAAAUCGAAAUCAAUUUACAUACAAAUCCAAAACAAAUCACAAGUUUUUAUUGUCAUAUUAAAAAAAAGCAAAUUGUAAGACAAAAAUUAUAGAUCCAUGUCAAUCAUUUUUGUAAAUACACCGAAUUAGUAUCAAAACUAA